GCUGCUGCCUAACAUAUCCUUCCCAUGCAUUCUGAUACGCAUCCUCAGCUUCCUCGCUAUCAUGCCUCUUUCUCUUCAGCCGCCGACACAGUUUAUUCAGCCUCUUCCGCUCCUUCCUUGCUUCCCUAACACUUGCAUUCCACCACGGUUUGCUCACGGUCACGGUUACGCUAAAUGGAAGACGCUAUAUAAGGAGGACCUAAAAAAAAAGGGAAAAAAAGAAAUGUUUGUUGACAUUGUGACGUCACGUGCUCGGUCGGCAGUGUAGUGGCGGCCGCGUUUGUGUCCAGCUCUGAAUUGACAGCGGCAUUUGAAAUUUGGCGCGCGCGGCAAUCUCGGAUACGGCGCGGGGUGCUGUUUUCGCCCAGCCGUAGUGAAGGGGUUAAUGUAAACAACCUCACAGCACAGGUAUUUCAAAGUUUAUGCAGAACUGUUUGGUGCUGAAAAUUGAUGCCAACAAAAUUGCCUCAGUUGUUAAUAAGUCAAGUUGGAGAUGGAGGAGGAUGACUUUGCCAUCACAGAAAGGAAUGACUUUUUCUCUCCCACACUUCAGACAUCAUUGUGGAAGGAACUAAAUAAUGGAGACAGCCAGCCUUCAUGUAUGAGUGAUCACUUGUUCUCCGGUUAUGUGAAGACUUUGUCCAUGGAGCAAAGGUGUCAGUACCUUUCAAAGCUGAGGCUGAUGAACCCCAGCGUAGACUUGCCUGACCCAUACAAGAUUGUGGGGUGGGUAAAGAACAUGAAGAAGUGGCCAGACCUAAACAGCAGUCAUUUUCAUCAGUACCUGUUGUGUAAAGACUCUCAGACAGAGGGUGAAGACACAGCAUGUGCAUCACUUAUGGGGUACAAUGCAUUCAAGCUGGGUAAUGUGCUGGAGGUGGAGUACACCUCCAUCAGCAUAAGCAUAAUCGUCACGGUGUGCUUCCUAAAGGCCAUGGUUGUAUCACCUUACCAAGGAGGUAGACUUGAGGCACACCUAGCUUGGGUGUGUCUGGAUAAGACAAAUGGCACCAUCGAGGCUUCCCAUUGUACAUGUUUGAAACGGUUCGAAGGAGUAUGCAGCCACAUUGCAGGGCUGCUAUUCAAGGUGGAGGCUGCUGUAUCACUGGGCAUGAACAAAGAAGACACAGCCAGGAGCAGUGUUACCAACAGCACUAGGAAAGUGACCAUGAAGAACAAAUGUAACCGCUCCAGGCUCUGUGUGGCACGAGUUAAGGACACAUACUUCACACACCAGAAUAGCAACAAGGGCCUCAGACAACCACUCAAGGACCUGAAGCUUCGGCCUCUGUCGAAGUUUGAACAAAAGAGAGCCUUGGGAAAACUCUGGAAAAUUAUCCCCAACGCAUUAAUAUUUCUGAAAGAGGAAUCAGACACCGACACAGCAUCUGAGGAUGAGGGGGACAGCGAGAGACUCUCCCCUUCAGCUCACCAUCCACACACAGCAUCUCAGGGAUUUGAGAAUGAGAGGCACAUGGAGAACCUCUCCCCCUCAGCUCACCAUCCACACACAGCCUCUGAGGGAGAGGAGGAGAAAGAGCAACUUUCUUCCCCACUGCACCACAAAGCAUUCACAUCAUCAGAUGACGAACUUAGUUCUGUCAUCUCCGCCUUCGACUUCGAAGGAUUUGAUAGUGACGAGGAAGCAAGUGGUCUGGGAGCAACAACACCUCAACAGUGGUCUGGGAGUGAUAAUACCUCUGCUGUGGUCUGGGAGCAACAACACCUUAGCAGUGACGAUAGUGAAGAUGGAUGAAGUGGUGGACAUGCAAGGAAGCAAGUACACAGCAGCCUAGCUUUAUUAACUCAUACCAUGUGAUCUGACCCAGGUGGUUUAAUCCCUUGUGGCAGCCUGACCCGCCGGUGGUCGUUUUAAUGCUAAUUACGAUCCUCCUAAUUAUCCAAUAUAGGAUGCACUUAUUAAUAUUUUUUUGUAUUAAUGAUUCUCUUUCUAUGGAUAAGGCAUUAAAGAAAGAUAAUAAAAAGAA